AAAAGGUUUUGGUGAUACUUUUUUUAUUUAUUUCGUACUUUUUUUUUUUACUGCAGCAACAAUGCUUACCAUUCAGCAAUUCAGAAGACCCCAAACCGCCAAGCAUGUCUUGCAAAUCAUAAAGAGUACGGCUAUUAACCGACAUUCCUCUUGCUGCCACAAAAAAAAGGAAGAAAAAUUAUCUGUCACCGAGUCUAAAUUUUGGUUAGACCCUGUCACUUGGCAGAGAACUAGAAUUAACACACUGCGCUGUCUUGUAGGUUGUACUGCUGGAGAUUUCUCUACCAUGUGGUAUUUACAACUGAAUUAUCCCGAGCUAUCCCCUCUUACUAGCACUGCAGCAGCCAUGGUUGCUGGCAUAUCUACAUCACUUGCAUUGGAGACUGUGUUAUUGAAGAGAUCAAUGCAAGUACCUUACCCCGCAGCGUUCAAGACGGCUAUGGGAAUGAGCUUUGUCUCCAUGCUUGUGAUGGAACUUUCCGAAAACUUGAUGGAUUGGCACCUCAUGGGUGGACAGGUUUUAUUUCAUGAUCCCAAGUUCUGGAUGGCUGCAGCUGUUAGUACAGCUGCUGGAUUUGUGGUCCCUUUACCUUAUAAUUAUUGGAGAUUAAAGGCCCUUGGAAAAUCUUGCCAUUGAAAGUUUUUUAUUAUUAUUCAAUGUGCAUCGUAU